AGCAAAUAUCCAAAAUAAGCAAAUAAAACAACAAAUAAAAUCAAUUAAGUAUCUGUAAACAAAAUUGUCCUUAUAAAAAGGGCUAGUCGAGACAAAAGCACCAAAGUGAAGGUUUUUAUCAUCCAGGUUUUGGUAGAAAGAGAAAAAAAUAAGAGAAAAACAAUAAAUCAUGAAAAUUGAGAUUAUUGAGCUUGUUUUAAUUUAUCAUGCGAUUAAUUGACUUGUUACUUAUUGCGACAGAUGUAGUCCUCAAUAAAAGAAAUAGAUACACUAAUGAAUCAACUGACAAAUUUGCCAUAUUCUGCAUGUAGACUUUUUAUUUAUUUUGCAAAGGCAAACUUCAACAAAUCGUUUUGCAUUAAAAGUCAUGUCUCUCUUGAAAAAGAUUUUUAAUCUCAAUAAAUAGAGGCUACACACAUUUAAGCAACAUGAUUUUUGGAGCAACACUAUUCCUUAGUAAAUCAUGAAUGAAUAUGUGGCAUAAAGUUAAAAAAUAGUUUUCAUUCUGGUGAAAAGUAAAAAUAUGGAAUAAGAAUAAAUUGUAGUUGUUCUGGUGAAAUAAUGUAACUUUUCUUCUCCCUGACUGAACAGUUGAGAUGAAAAGUGUUUUCUCACGGCUCCGUGUUUUUGUAGGGUUUCGUUUUGUGUGUGCAGUAAUUUUUAUUCUUGGUUUUAAAUCCAGUUUAAUUGCCGGGUUGCUUCCAGGUAGAAAUCCCCCGCCUGAGAACAUCCACAUCUCCUCUCUGCCGCCCAGCAUUCCCCUGGAUCCAGAACCUGAUCUGCCAGGCCAACAAGACGACUCUGUGAAAAAGCAGGAGAAAGCUAUCAUCCAGACCACACACACUCACCGAGGAUCCUCCACGCCUUCGGUUUUCCUCCAGAACCGCAGCAAUGAACCGGCUCCGACCACGUACUUUGAGCAGAGAGUCUCUGUUCCAGAGGAGGACACUGAGAGACUGUUCAGUCUGCGUAAACUCUGGGCCUUCACCGGGCCCGGGUUUCUGAUGAGCAUUGCCUACCUGGACCCGGGAAACAUUGAGUCUGACCUGCAGUCAGGAGCUAAAGCUGGAUUUAAGCUCCUCUGGGUGUUGCUGCUGGCCACCAUCAUCGGCCUGCUGCUGCAGCGGCUGGCGGCGCGGCUCGGCGUCGUCACCGGGCUGCACCUGGCUGAAGUCUGCAACCGCCAGUACCCCACUGUACCCAGAAUCCUGCUGUGGUUGAUGGUGGAGCUGGCGAUCAUCGGCUCCGACAUGCAGGAGGUCAUCGGCUGCGCCAUCGCGUUCAACCUCCUGUCCUCUGACAGGAUCCCCCUCUGGGCCGGUGUGCUCAUCACCAUUACCGACACUUUCUUCUUCCUCUUCCUGGAUAAGUACGGCUUGAGGAGGCUGGAGGCCUUUUUUGGUUUUCUUAUUACUAUUAUGGCCGUAACAUUUGGAUACGAGUACGUGACAGUGGCUCCUGACCAAGGCCAGCUGCUGAAGGGGAUGUUUGUGCCGUACUGCGAAGGCUGCGGGGCGGUUCAGCUCACCCAGGCCGUCGGCGUCGUGGGCGCCGUCAUCAUGCCUCACAACAUUUACCUCCACUCUGCUCUGGUGAAGUCUCGGGAAGUGGAUCGCUCGAAGAAGAAAGAAGUAAAAGAGGCUAACAAGUACUUCUUCAUCGAGUCGGCCAUUGCUCUGUUUGUCUCCUUCCUCAUCAACGUGUUUGUGGUCGCCAUCUUUGCUGAGGAAUUCUACCAGCGCUCAAACAUCGAGGUGAAUAAAGUCUGCAACCAGUCGAGCAUUUCUCACUCCGACCUCUUCCCUCCGGACAACAAAACUCUGGAGGUUGACAUCUAUAAGGGGGGAGUGGUUCUGGGCUGCUUCUUCGGGCCUGCGACGCUCUACAUAUGGGCCGUCGGGAUUCUUGCAGCCGGUCAGAGCUCCACCAUGACUGGAACCUACUCUGGCCAGUUUGUUAUGGAGGGUUUCCUGAACCUGCGUUGGUCGCGUUUUGCUCGGGUUUUGCUGACCCGCUCCCUCGCCAUCACUCCCACGCUGCUGGUGGCCAUUUUUAAGGACGUGCAGCACCUGACGGGCAUGAACGACUUCCUCAACGUGCUCCAGAGCAUGCAGCUGCCGUUCGCCCUCAUCCCCAUCCUCACCUUCACCAGUAUGCCGUCUCUGAUGAACGACUUUGCCAACGGACUGACGUUUAAGAUCAUGGGAGGACUGGUGAUCCUGUGCGUGUGCGCCAUCAACAUGUACUUUGUGGUGGUGUACGUGACGGCGCUGAACAGCGUGUGGCUCUACGUGCUCGCUGCCUUCCUCUCCUUGGCGUACCUCACGUUCGUGGGCUACUUGGUGUGGCUGUGUCUGAUAGCGCUGGGCGUGUCCUGCCUGGAUCCGAGCGUCAAGAGAGGAAACGACUCGACCAUCCUGAUACAGGAGCAGCCAGAGUUUGACUCCUGAGCCAGAAACUGGACCUUUGGAUCAUCGGUCAACCCAGAACCGGGUCUAACUCUGACCAGUUGGAUGGUGCUAAAGUAUUUUUAAUCAUCUGUAAUGUAUAAUCUGUUUCAUGCUGUUUUUAUCUUCAUUGUGACAUGUUAGAAAGCUGAAGGAGAGUCAAUUUUUAAGUUUUUCAGUGCAAAACAGAGCAUGGACACAGGACACCUUAGCAUGUUGUGCUAGCGUGUCGCUAACACUCACUAUGUUGCAUGUUUACAGCACUUUCCAAAAUUAACUAAACUUUUUGGAAUUCUCCACAUUUUGUCACAUUACAACCUAAAACUUCAAUGUAUUUAUGCAGAUUUUAUGCAAAUUGGGUCUGGAUUGUGAAGUUGAAGGAAAGUUAUUUCAAAAUGGCGUCUGUUAAGAUCUACUUUUAAAUCUCGAGGAAUAUUCUCAGUUGGAUUCCACUCAGGACCAUUCUAAAACAUGUUUGUUUUUACUUUAUUUCUAUAUUAAACCUCUAAGGACUUCAAAGAACAACAGGAUUUAUAUAAAUCAAGAUAAUAAUAUGAAAUGCAUAUUGACUCUGUUUACUAACUAGGCAACUUUAGGAGGAAAUUAGUUGUCAGAAGUUUGAAUCAGGUAAAAAGGAUAUGGUUAUUGACUUGUGCAAAUGCUAAAACGCACUGUAAACACAAUUUAUACAAACUCCAAAACACACAAAAACAAAAUGCAACAGAAAAAUGCUGCAACCACAGGAAAUAGAAGCAUCUUAAAAGAUGUCAGCCAUCGUAGAAGAGGAAUACUUGUGCACAUCGCACUUUUCAGAUCUUAAACAAACACACA